AUGCCGCUGCUCAACGUGCGUUGCUGUACAUGGAACGUCGGUGAUGAAGGCCCUCCAGAGGAUAAUUUAAGCACCCUGUUGGGUAUUAACGGAGUCAAUCCACCUGAUAUACUGGCUGUUGGACUACAAGAGGUAAUCGAGCCGAGUGAUUGGCGGAAAGCUCUCAUAAAACAUGCACACCCUGCAGGUUAUGUGCUGGUCAGUUUCAAAUUUAACAUUUCCCCAACCACCCCUCAUUUUCAUAAUCAGAUGAAGUCGCGAAAUUGUUGGGCUAUUUGGAUGUUUGUGUUUAUUCGCCGUAACUUGUUGUCGGCGAUCACCAAUAUUGAGUCCGAAGUAACUCCAGUUGGAUAUGCCGGUGUGAUGGUAAGACACAGGUUACGUGAUCCACCCUUGUCUAAUUUCUGA